CCUUCCCUAGGUUACUUUUUGCCCUCUACUAGUGUUCAAAUUAACAGUCCUUCCAAAAUGAUGAUGAACGCUUUCAUGGAUAGUGGUUCGUCCGCGGCACAUCAUUCGCAUCUGGCCACGUUCGGCAUAAAGAUGUCACCGGAUCAUCUUGAGCAGAGCAGUGAAAUAGAAUCCACAGCAAGCUCGGCGGCUAGCGCAAGUCUAGCAGCCGCCGCAGCAGCCGCCGCGGCCAGUAUGCUGCCACCGGGUGCUACCGGACCCGGAGCGUCCGGCACGGGCGUAGGCACGUCCGGGUCCUCCAAUGCGAACGCCUCCGAUGCUAUGUUUUACCAUCAUCAUCCCCAUCAUCACCAUCACCACCAGAGCAGCCCAUCGAAUGGGGCUGGCGGGGGAAGUGGUGGCAGUGGAUCAGCCUACAACUCCCAUCACCUUUCACCUCCCUCCCACAUGUCCACCCAUGCGAUGGCACCGUACCAUUCGCGGGACUUUCUUUCCCUCAAGCGUGACAACGAUUACUUCAGCUCGGCGGCUGUGGCGUCGAGUGCAGCAGCAGCUUCGAGUGUGGCCGCCGAUCCUUCCUCACUGUUUGCCGCUGCCCACGAAAGCCCGCUGAACCAUCAUUCGGCAGCGGCGGCCGCAGCUAUCGGGCAUCACCCGUUCCAUGCCGGAGCACAUUCGAUGCGAGCAAUGGCCGCUGCUGGACUAGCGUCCGCGAGUGACUACACCCAUCCAUAUGCUCACCAUGCACACCAUGCGCAUCACCAGACCAACUACGCCUCGGCCAUGCACCAUCACCAUCAGCAUCACCCGCUUGCCAAUCUGCCCGUAAAUCCCGGCACGUCCGGAGCAUUCUUCCGCUACAUGCGCCAUCCGCCGGCUAUUAAGCAGGAGAUGCAGUGUCUUUGGGUAGAACCGGAAUUGCCACCACACCAUCACCAUCAUCACCAUCUGGGGCUUGGUCUAACGGCUCUGGCCGCGAGUAUUGGUGGGGCGGGAUCGGACGGUGGUAGUCGCAAAACGUGCAACAAAAUCUUCAGCUCGAUGCAAGAGAUCGUGACGCAUCUGACGGUGGAUCAUGUCGGCGGUCCGGAAUGUACGACACAUGCCUGCUUCUGGCUCGGUUGCACACGCAACGGCCGGCCGUUCAAGGCGAAGUACAAGCUGGUCAAUCACAUCCGGGUGCACACGGGUGAAAAGCCGUUCCCCUGCCCAUUUCCGGCCUGCGGAAAAGUGUUUGCCCGCUCGGAGAACCUGAAAAUUCACAAACGAACGCAUACCGGUGAAAAGCCGUUCAAGUGCGAGCAUGAGGGAUGCGAUAGGCGAUUCGCUAAUUCAUCCGAUCGAAAGAAACAUUCACACGUCCAUACAUCUGAUAAGCCGUAUAACUGUCGUGUUAAUGGUUGUGAUAAAUCGUACACUCAUCCAUCAUCACUGAGGAAACACAUGAAGGUCCACGGAAGUUUGGGCGAGAAGUCUCCAUCACACAACUACGACAGUGACGGCGAAGAGUCCAGCUCGGAGAGUGUCAUCUCGGGCGGAACUCAAACGCCACCGUCGAUCGGCCGGCUGCACGACACGCACGGUCACAGUGCGCACGGUGCGAGCAAGCUGAGCGCGACGGCCGAUUCCCUCCACAACAACAACAACAGUAGCAGCAACAAUAACAACAACAACAACCCUAGCGGAACUGGCAGUAGUACCGGCAACAAUAGCUCCUCCAAGUCUAGCCUUCUCUCACCUCCCCUGAGCGGUAGUGGCAGUGGUGGCGGAAACAAUGGAACAUCAUCAUCGACAGCGGCGUCGCACCAUAGCCAAAAUCAACACCACAGUCUACAUUCGGUCUCGUCGCACCAUUCGCACCAGCAUCAUCUAGCCUCGCUGCAGAACCACGCGACAAGUCUUGCCCCACCGCCGCCCCAACUCCCGCUGACACCGGCCUCCUCCGUGUCACCGCAGGCGACUACACCGUCCUCGAUGCUGGUGGGACAUCACCACAACCACCACCUACUGUACCACCAUCCGCAGCAUCAUCCGAACGAGUGGUAUUCGCCGACGCCCCCUGCCGGACCGGACACGAUGAAUCAUCUGAACCACUUUAGCCACCACCACCAUCACCAUCUAGUCCAUCACGGACCAACGACGGCCUAUUGAGACUAGCUGCUGCUGGAGGAGCUGUGCUUUAAUUACUGAAGGCACAUCCGGAUGUGCGAACGAUC